AUGCUGCCUCCCAGGAAGCCUUAUUUGGCAGAUGAGGAGCUGGGGAAGAAAGAUGACGACCACCGGCCGCAGAGCGAUCGAGAGCGACUUUGGCAGUCGAAGCAAUGGAAAACCCCACGACGGCGACGGAUUUUGAUGACGAUUGUCGGCUUGUACUUGAUAUAUCUUUUCUUUCAUAAUAUGCCAACAGAUCUUGUACCUGCUGCCGAACGGUAUAACCCAGCAAUCGCACAGGCACGACAGAAAGGCCGCACGCCAACCCAGUCCCCAGUGGUCCCUCAGCAAGGACCCCCGCCACGAGACAAAGAUACAAAAGGAGGAGAUACGGAAGGUUUAUAUUAUGAUGGGCCUAUUACUUUUUAUGCGCUGGGAAAGACCUUGCAGCGGUUUAAACAGCCGCCGAAUCGACACGGAACUUUCGCCAAUAAUGCCGUCGUUUUUGCCGGUUCGAGCUUGCGAAGCGUUUCGGACCUUCUACCUCUUGCAUGUGAUAUGGCCGGUCGAAAAUUGAAUCAUAUCCACUUCGUGUUGAUGGGGAGGGAUGAUGUAUCGGUUGAAGGGAUCCAGCAGGUGAAUGGGAUCAGUGAUGCGGAUUGCCCGAUCAACUGGCAUGAUGCUCGCCCGGACUAUGCGCAGUGGUCGAUUGAAGCUCGUAUGGAGAAAUCUGUAAUGGCAGGUCUCGGAUACGUCCACUCCUACAUUCGCCCACAAGUCAUCAUCACACAAGGAGAGUCAUGGGAAGACACUUUUUUCUGGAAGGGAAUCCAAACCAAGAUACAGGAUAUACGGACUUCUCAUAUUGCGCUUCCUAGUGCUGCCAGAGAUCUGAUGUGGAUAGCUGCAUUGGACAGUAGCGCUCUCCAAGUUUGGAAUGAUGUUCACGUUGAGAUACUCAUCCAUGCACCCUCCGAGUCUUCGGGAUCCCUGAUUAGAUUGAUCAAGUCGUUGGAGAAGGCCGACUACCUCGGAUCCACCCCCAGCUUGACGAUUGAGCUGCCCCUACGCGUGGAUCCGCAGCUUCUCAACUUUCUACAGAGUAUCCAAUGGCCGCCUCAACUGUCAAGCAAAGUCACCAUCCGUCGCCGUAUACAACCGCACGAUAUGAACUCUAUCGAGUCUUCUAUAAAAACAGUGGAGGCCUUUUACCCUCGAGAUCCGAGUGUAUCACACUUGCUAGUGCUCUCUCCUCAAACAGAGCUGGCGCCAUCAUUUUACCAUUAUCUGAAGUAUUCUCUGUUGAACUACAAACAUUCGGUUCGCGCAAAGCGGUUCUCAUCCAAAUUGAUUGGAAUCUCUCUUGAGCUCCCGUCCUCGAAACCAAUCACCAAUGGCGAGCCAUUCAGCCCUCCGGUUUAUCCCAGCAGUGGAUCCUCACAGCAUAUUGAUGGAGAGCCAUUGCCACUUUUCCUUUGGCAAGCCCCAAGCAGUAACGCCGCAUUGUACUUCGGUGACAAAUGGGUCGAGCUUCACUCAUUUCUCUCCAACAGACUUGCUAUCCAAGAGGCUACAGGCAAUUCCCCUAGUGGGAAGAUUAUCUCGAAGAAAUACCCGGCUGUUAUGGAAUAUAUUCUCGAGUUGAUUCGCGCCAGAGGCUACUACAUGCUGUAUCCAUCGUUCCCUGCCAAAGGAACCUACAGCUUGGCGACAAUCCACAAUGACCUAUAUCAGGCCCCGGAAGAAUUUACCCAUGGGCACACACCGGAGACAACGGAAAUGCCCGACGAGAGGAUAGAUGACCCGUCCCAACCUCUGACGGCUGAGUCCAUUGAAGGAUUAGGAUCCGUGGAAAAGCCUUUGGGCCGAGCCUCAACAACGAUGGCUCUCCUGGAUCGGUUUUCUUUGAGCCUCCCUGAAGUUGAUGAUUUGCCUUUACUGUCUUAUCGUGGCGAUCUGAUGUCGGGUUCCAUGUAUGACCAAGAUACCAAGGAGUACGCGCGGAAAUUCAGAGUGCUCUAUGGAGGCUGUGCUGAUGAGGUCUCGAAAGACGAGGCAAGCUCGGACAGUCUAUUCUGUCCUCUGGAGGGCUGA